CCCUUCCCCUUCUUUCUCUCUCUCUCUCUCUCUCUCUCUCUCUCUAGAUCCAGCCAUGGACGAGGCACCAUCACCAUCCAACACCUCGCCGGAGCUCAACCUCGAAAACCUCAAAGCCCUCAAGGUCUUAGGGAAGGGAGCCAUGGGCACCGUCUUCUUGGUCCACGACCCGUCGUCCGACCCGUCUGCCCGCUGCCCGUUCGCUCUCAAAGUUGUCGACAAGUCCUCUCUCCGCUCAAAGCUCGACGCCGAGCGCCGCGCCCGCUGGGAAAUCCAGGUCCUGACCCGACUGUCCGACCCGAACCCACACCCAUUUCUGCCUUCCCUCUUGGGGUCAUUCGAAUCCGACGAGUUCAUGGGCUGGGCCGUCCCUUACUGCCCCGGCGGCGACCUCAACGUCCUCCGCUACCGCCAAAACGAUCGCGUUUUCUCCCCCGCCGUGAUCCGGUUUUAUUUGGCCGAGAUAGUCUGCGCGCUCGAGCACCUCCAUUCCAUGGGGAUCGCUUAUCGGGAUUUGAAGCCAGAGAACGUGCUCAUCCAACAGUCCGGUCACGUGACCCUCACGGACUUCGACCUUUCCCGAAGCCUCAAGCACAGAACGGUAAAACCCGACGUCGUUUUGGAGGACGACGCCCCCGACAUUCGUCGUAAACACCGGAGGCACUUGACACGUUGGCUCACGAUUAUAAACGACAAUCACAGCAAGGGGCUGAAGAAGACCAAGUCCGCCCGAGUCAGCCCGGUGAGUCGCCGGAAGCCGAGCUUCUCGGACGGCGAGCGAGCGAACUCAUUUGUCGGGACGGAGGAGUACGUGUCCCCAGAGGUGGUGCGAGGGGAGGGUCACGAGUUUGCUGUGGACUGGUGGGCCCUCGGGAUUCUCACUUACGAGGCGCUCUACGGAACGACGCCAUUCAAGGCCAAGAGCCGGAAGGAGACGUUUCGAAACGUCUUGACGAAAACGCCCGAGUUUAUCGGGAAACGGACGGCGCUAACGGACUUGAUCGAACGGCUGUUGCACAAGGAUCCCACCAAGCGGUUGGGGUACGCCAGAGGCGCGAGCGAGAUCAAGGAGCACGAGUUCUUUCGCGGGGUGAGGUGGGACAUACUAACGGAGGUUACACGGCCGCCGUUUAUUCCGUCUCGGGAGGAUGGGGACUUAACGGAGAAAGCCACGGCUGGGGGAGUGAGCGUGAGGGAUUAUUUUCAAAAGUUGCGGUCUCCGCCGUCGAUGCCGCCGUCACCAGAUUGUCAAUUGACGGAGUUCUGACACACGUGUGAAAGCUUACACGUGUAAGAAAUUAGUAUUAAAAAAAAUUGUGUAGCCUCUGUAUAUAGAAUAACGGUAGACGGCCUGUAACUUUGAGACGCAAUAGACUAUAUAGUUAGCUAGACUUGUACCAUAUACGGAUUCAAAGGGUGUACAACUUUUUAUUUAUUUAUUAUAGUGGAAGGAAUCGAACUUUUGACCUAA